UAUAAGGCUAAUCAAAUUCCUCCUCGAUUCGACGGUUCGCACUUCCAGACUCGACGACUACUCGCAGUCGCAGGGCCGCAACCCCAACGUUGAACCGCCAACCCCCACCCGUCUCUAUUUGUUUCUUCUCGCCGUCUUCGUCGACCUGUUAGCGGGUUUAGGAAGGUGAAUGAGCUAUGGCGUCUUCGAGUAAAUCUUUGAAAGAGUAUUUGAAACGGUAUGAAGUGAAUAAUGAAGAGGAUAAGAAGAAAAAGAAGAAGAACAAGAAGCAGAAAACCAAGGCGGAGCCAAUGGGCGUUUUAGUGGUUGAUGAAGACCCUGUUUGGCAGAAACCGGUGAAUGUUGAGGAAGAUAAUGGUGACAAUUCAUCGGAUGAAGACAAACCUGUAGUUGAUGAGGACAUUGAGAUUAAGAGGAUGAAGAGACUUCAACAAUUGAGGGCCAGACGUCCCUUUAAUUCCAUAUCCGAAGAUGGAAGCGGUUGGGUUACAGUUGGAGACUCUCCUCCUAAACAGUCAAACUCUGAUUUAUCUCCACCUCGUAGGGAGAGGAGUUUGGUUCUGAAAUCUGAACCAAUGUCUCCGAAAAAUAGGAGGGAAGAUGCUGACUUGUCACCUCCACGACAGAGACGGAAGCGCCACCACACCCCGUCACCCGAGCCUGAAACAAAUCACGAGUACUUGCCUCCUCCUCCUGGAUCAGACCUUUCACCCCCAAGGAAAAGGAGGCAGGAUGUUGAUACAGAUCUGUCUUCACCAAGGAAGAGCAGGAAGGAUAGUAAUAAAGAUCUGUCUCCACCAAGGAAGGGCAGGAAGUACGCUGAUUCAGAUCUUUCUCCACCGAGGAAAGGUAGGAACAAUGUUGAUGCUGAUCUUUCUCCACCAAGGAAUAGCAGGAGGGAUGUUGAUACUGAUCUUUCCCCACCAAGGAAAAGCAGGAAGGAUGUUGAUGGUGAUCUUUCCCCGCCAAGGAAUAAAAAGCAAGUUACUCCGCACCCUCGUAAAGAGCAACCAAAAGUUGGUCUGAUCUCUGGCCGAGAGAUUAGUGACGAGAUCAAUAAAACGAAGAAGGAUGAGUGGUUAAGAUUUCAACAGAUGGAUCCUUCUGUAAGUGGGAGAGAGGCAGUACCUAUAUAUCGUGAUAAGAAAACAGGGGAACGCAUUUCGAAGGAGGAGCUUUUGAAAUCGCAAAGGAAAAUAGAUGAAAAACCAAAGGAGAUAAAGUUGGAAUGGGGCAAAGGCUUGGCCCAAAAGCGAGAAGCUGAAACUAAGCUGGAGGAAUUAGAACUUGAGAAGGAUAAGCCUUUUGCGCGGACUAGAGAUGAUCCAGAACUCGACAAAAUAUUGAAAGAGAGGACAAGGUGGGGCGAUCCCAUGGCACAUUUGGUAAAGAAAAAGCAUUCCGAGCCAGUUCUCUCUAACUUGGGGGAUGAUGAGAAAAUGAAGGAAUCUGGAUUCAUUAUUCCCCAGGAUAUUCCUGUUCACAGCUGGUUAAAAAGAGGAUUGGAUGCUGCACCAAAUCGAUACGGUAUAAGACCAGGAAGACAUUGGGAUGGAGUUGAUCGCAGUAACGGAUUUGAGAAGGGAAUGUUCAAAAGGAAGAAUGAGAAACAAGCCACGGAGGCAGAAGCUUAUCUUUGGUCUGUGGCGGAUAUGUGACUUGUACCGAGUAAGGAAUCCAUGUACUUGCAUCUUUGGACAGCCACUACAGAUCUGCUAUCGUACUAAUUGUUAUCGAUGAAUGUAACACUAUACUAGUCUGAGGUUCCUCUUGCUAAGAGCGCAGUGGGAAUUCUGUACACUCCUGCAGCUGAUAUCGUUUGUGUUUUUUGCCGCUAUAGGCAAUGUUUGUCACCAGCCAUGAUGGUUGGGUUUGGUUUCCUUUGCAAAUCCAAUGGAGAUUCAAAAAGAUUUGAGUA